AUGCAGACCGUCACUCUCAUCGCUUUGUUGGCUGUUGUCGCUGUGCCGAUUUUCGCCCAAUUCGACCAUCUUCGGGCCCGUCGUGAUGUUGUUGAAGCGAGCGGAGAAGGAAGCGGUGUAGAAUCCUCGGGAGUCGAGGCAUCUGGCGAAGGAAGCGGCGAGGCCCACGUUGAUGCUCAUGUCGAGUCUUCUGGCGAGGCUUCCGGCGAAACGGCGGUUCUUGAGGGAUCUGGCGAAGGCUCUGGAGCGAUCAUCCAGCGGUUCCAUCCGAUUCCAAGGAUGUCAAGUCUUUAA